AUGACUAAAAUUAAUUCAAAAAAGAAAAAAAAAACCGUAACUCGUGUUUAUCUUACAGACAGCAUUUGCAAAGACGACUGGCACUAUUUCGAUAACUAUUGCUACAGUGAAGUGGCUGCAUGCGACAACUGGGACAACAGCGAUAGAGCUUGUCGCCGUAAGCAAGCUGACCUUCCCAGCAUACGUAACCAAGAAGAAAACGUUUUUGUUCAAAGUCUGCAUGGUGGAGAGCAUUCCUGGUUGGGGCUCAAUGAUAUCAGCUCUGAAGGGAAUUUUGUGUGGAGCGAUAAGAGCAAAUCCAAAUUUAGGCGUUGGGCAGAGGGCCAACCAAACAACUAUGGCAAUGAAGAUUGUGUUCAUACUCUUGGCUUCCUCAAAAAUCAUCAUUACGGAUGGAAUGACGUAACUGUACUGAUUGUCACCGAUUUACCUGCAAGAGAGUUUAGUGCCUCAAAGAACAUGAAGUACCAUAUAGCUAAUUUUUAUCUCACGGGACAUCGAGGGAAUUGUGCAGUAACUGUUAUGCUUCAUUGA